AUGACUCUUGAAAUUUGCAGCAAUAUCACUGGAAUCACCACCAACCCACACAAUACCGCUCUCACGCCAGGUGGUUCUUCUGGCGGAGAAUCAGCAGCCCUGCAAGCCCUCUAUGGCAGCCCUCUGGGAAUUGGCUCUGAUAUAGAUCCAGGCGGUAGUAUUCGCUCCCCCGCCGCCAAUUGUGGCCUCUACGGCCUAAAGCCAUCCACCGGUCGACUGCCACUAAUCGGAUGCGUUUCCUAUGUUCUAGAGUGUGAGACCAUUAUAAGAACACUGAGGCCUAUUUCACCAACAUUUAGCGGUAUCGGGCUUUUCAUGAAAAUGAUCAUCGAAUCAAAGCCUUGGAUCACGGACUCGAUGAUGCUCCCAAUCCCCUGGAGAGACCAGGAUGAACACAUUCACCGGGAUAACAAGAAGCUAACCGUCGGUGUGAUGUGGACCGAUGAUGUCGUUGCUCCCGCAUUCCCCACGCCCGCCCCCCUUCACAACACCUCGAGGUACUGGGGUUACACUUCUUUAUUCAAUCUUCUCGAUUAUUCUGCCCUUGUGUUCCCCGUUACAAAGGUGGAUCCUGAGAGAGGUGCCAAGGACGCCACUUACACCCCAAAGAACGAAUUCGACAGCUGGUCGUACGAGCAUUAUGACCCGGUAAAGCAGAAGGAUGCACCUGUCUCUUUGCAGCUAGUUGCCUAG